AUGGCAAACAGCUUGCUGCUCAAGUCCCUCCUGCUUGUGGUGGAGAGCCAGAAGCAUGGGGUGCCUGUUGACACGAUCUCAAGGGGAGCAGUGAAGAGUCAAGGAAUGACUGGACACCAGAUGUGCGACACCGGCCAGCCAUUGCUUGGCCGCAGCCUCUCAGCUACUCAAGGAAGUAGCCAGCAAGAAGAUGGAGGGGGCAAGCUGAGGACAACUUCCCAGGGGGUUUCUGUGUUGCCCUCGCAGCGCCCCAGCGUCACUUUGGCCAAAUGGCUCCCCACAGAGCUCUCCUCCACACUGGUAGCCGGAGAAAGGAAGUCUGAGGCCCCCUCCCCUGCGCGCGCCCCCGCGUGCCCCAUCUGCGUGCGCCCCCUCAGCUGCGGCGAGACGCUCUUUGCGCCGCACUGCGGCUACCUCUGCCACCUGGCGUGCAUGCAGCUGGUCGUGCAGGGCGACCUGCGCGGGGAUAAACCCUCAAACCCGCGCCUGCGCGCGGUGCGCUGCCCGAUCUGCCUCUCGCGCCACCCGAUGGCCGCCUGCGUGGACGGGGGCCUCGAAACGCCCCCCCCCGGGAAGGCGCACCUGACCUCCCCCCCACACGCGCAACCCGCGCGCGAGCGGUCGCGCGCGUACUCUGGGGGGGCCCCUGUCCGAGCCGUCUUUUGUCACGGAUACCCGCCCCCGGGGCCCGCGCACCGGCGGCGCGCCGGAAAACAAGGCCCCCGGAAGCCCCCCAAGCGCUGCCCUCGCCAAGCCGCCCAAGCUCAACUUGCCCCGCAACCCGAACCGCUUGCGAGAGCGCCUCCCAGCCCCCACGUCCUCAGGCGCACUCAGAGCUUGGGCGACGCUUCCGACUUUUUUGAAGCAUUGGAAAUUACUCGUCUGAGGGAGGUAAAUAAGGGCGACGCCGCAGGAGGCCCCGCUCUCUCAAGGGUCGCCCCGAGCGACGCCCGAUUUAGGGGCCUGUAUGCGCCCCCCUCCGAGUUGUUGGAUGCCCCGAUCAGCGGCCGGUACUGCAAGUGUGGGUGUCCGGGGGCGACGCAGAAGGUGGGCGAAAGAGAGCAAGUGGUCGCCAAAAACGAGGCAGGGAGAACGAUGGACGCGAUAUACUGGUCUCAUGUGGCGAACAGCCGGGGCCACGAGCUUCGUGAGAAGCUCUCGCUUGCGUCAACCGCGCUUGCAAGGACAAAGUCGAUGUGA